UUUAAAUCGGGCCUUCCUCAAGUGUACAUAGACAUUAAAUUAUUUAAGUAUAAACAUAUAACGCUCUAUUCCCUUAAAUUAAAAUGUAUUAUCUUAAUUCACAUUUAUGUUGAGUGUAUUUUUAUCUUUUCCUAAUUAAAUUCAACAUCAUUUCAACAAAAUGGACGACUUGGACCGGUUCGUCGACGCUAACGAAAGCUAUAACAACAUCCCCAAACGAUCUCACCUAUGGGCCUACUUUAAAGAGUUCUGGUUGGCAAUUGUGACAUGCCUGGCCUGCGUUAUAGCCAUAAUUCAAGGUUCUUGCAUUAAAUUAAAUCUUACCAAGGAAACGGGAGUGCCACUGCUCAUGUUGCCGGCAAAUUUUUUCUUAAGGCACGUGCGUGGCUUUGUAGUUUUAUUCAUGGUCUUUUCCGCAGCAACUAAAACGACUUUGCUCUUUGAAACCAAAAGAUCAACUGUUAAACGUAAAAUACUAUUUCACUAUUUCUUAAAUACAGUACUAACCUUAUUUGUAAGCUUCGUGGCUGCGUAUCUAAUAAUUAUGCGAAGGGAUUCCUCAGCCAAAACCACAUAUUUUGCUAAAUUUAUUUCUGAGUCAUACAGGCCACUAACCAAUUUUGUAAAAUUUUUCAGAGGAUUGGCUAUUCACGACAUCCCAGGUAAUAUAAUAACUACGAGAGUUGAAAAUUACAGCGAACUGGGCUCUGAAAGAUUAGAAGGAGGCCUGGGUGAUGGCUACAACGCACCCGGCUUUGUUGUUUUCGGAGCAUUUCUCUCCGUCUCAACAUAUUUUUUGGGUAAGGACGGAGAGAUUUUGAGAAACCUAAUGCAGCUUAUACACAGAAGCAUGUUGGCGGUAUACUGGAUUCUGCUUUGUUACAGUCCCCUGGCGCUUUAUUUUGCCGGGAUUGUUCAGUAUGAUUUGGUUCAGCAGGAAGGUAUGUUUGGCUUUCUGUGUCUGAGAUAUUUGCUCCUUCUUGCCUGCGUAGUAUUCGUAACACUGUUCCAAAUCUUUGUUCUCCUUCCUUGUUUACACUUCUGUAGAACUAGAAAGUUUGGAUACGAGGUCAUAACUAGACUUUUUGCAAUCAUGCCGAACACCUUCGUCGGAGGCUCUUCAGUACGCAUGGUCGAAAAGACUAAAAUGUACCUAAAGAGUAAAAGGUUCAGCGUUGAGGCCGUUGACACAUAUCUCAAUUAUUGCACGUUGAUAAACGGCUCAGGAAUAGCGUCCGGGUUCGUAAUCAAUGCAAUUUUUUCUCUCAAACUAAAUGAUAACGACUUCGACUGGGCAGUGAUUCUCAAAAUCGUACUUAGUGGCCUACUAGUGAGUCUCGCACUCCCAGAGUUCAUCCAGGGAUAUAUGUUUGGAAUUAUAUAUUUUCUGAACACCUCGAUGAUAAACCCGGAUUUUAUUAUUCUUAUUUUACUCGUAGAUUGGCUUAUGGACAGAUUUAGAAUCGUAGCCAACGUAGUAGCCGACGCGCUCACAGUUGAUUAUAUCGAGUCCAUUAGCAAGAGUUCCACAGCCAGCUCUCAAAGCGUGUAACAAUAGUUAAACUCACUCAUCCCUAAAUCGGGAUCACGGAAAUAAUUAUCAAAAUGGAUUAUUCAAAUUAUUAAAUUCAAUCGGUAAAAAAUCGGUUAAUAUUAAAUGUAAAGGAUUAUAUGUUCAACAAAACUCGUUUUAUUCCAAUGCAGAUUUCAAAGACCUUUUGAAAAUCGGUCACAAUUCACGGUUAGUAAUUUGGUUUGGUAAGGGUGACUUUCACCUUCGUUCCAUCUAUCUCGCCCUAAAACUAAUUAAAGUAAAAUAGAAACCUGGUCUAGGUGCAAUAUGGAGAACUUGGCGUCACCAUAUUUCUCAAAGUAAACGACUCCAUAUCUAUCCUCA